UUGGAGGUCUCUGUGGUGGUAGAUGAGCUGUCAUCGUUCAGCUGGUCUCCCGGAGGUGGUUUUCCCUUCGCUCUCCUGUCCCUUCUCCCUCUUCCUCUGAGCUUUAGUUUGACCUCUCAGCUGCUUUCCUUUAGAGUCCAGCACUGCAGGACACCACAAAUACACAACUACAGUCACAACUACUGCAGGACAACACAAAUACACAACUACAGUCACAACUACUGCAGGACACCACAAAUACACAACUACAGUCACAACUACUGCAGGACAACACAAAUACACAACUACAGUCACAACUACUGCAGGACAACACAAAUACACAACUACAGUCACAACUACUGCAGGACACACAAAUACACAACUACAGUCACAACUACUGCAGGACAACACAUAUACACAACUACAGUCACAACUACUGCAGGACAACACAAAUACACAACUACAGUCACAACUACUGCAGGACACACAAAUACACAACUACAGUCCAAUAUCACAACUACUGCAGGACAACACAAAUACACAACUACAGUCACAACUACUGCAGGACACACAAAUACCACAACUACAGUCACAACUACUGCAGGACACCACAAAUACACAACUACAGUCACAACUACUGCAGACACCACAACUCACAACUACAGUCACAACUACUGCAGGACAACACAAAUACACAACUACAGUCACAACUACUGCAGGACAACACAUAUACACAACUACAGUCACAACUACUGCAGGACAACACAUAUACACAACUACAGUCACAACUACUGCAGGACACCACAAAUACACAACUACAGUCACAACUACAGUCACAACUACUGCAGGACAACACAAAUACACAACUACAGUCACAACUACUGCAGGACAACACAAAUACACAACUACAGUCACAACUACUGCAGGACAACACAAAUACACAACUACAGUCACAACUACUGCAGGACAACCACAAAUACACAACUACAGUCACAACUACAGUCACAACUACUGCAGGACAACACAAAUACACAACUACAGUCACAACUACUGCAGGACAACACAAAUACACAACUACAGUCACAACUACUGCAGGACAACACAAAUACACAACUACAGUCACAACUACUGCAGGACAACACAAAUACACAACUACAGUCACAACUACAGUCACAACUACUGCAGGACACCACAAAUACACAACUACAGUCACAACUACUGCAGGACAACACAAAUACACAACUACAGUCACAACUACAGUCACAACUACUGCAGGACACCACAAAUACACAACUACAGUCACAACUACUGCAGGACAACACAAAUACACAACUACAGUCACAACUACUGCAGGACACCACAAAUACACAACUACAGUCACAACUACAGUCACAACUACUGCGACAGAACAACACAAUAUAACACAACCUACAGUCACAACUACUGCAGGACACACAAAUACACAACUACUCAACUACUGCAACACAAAUCACACUACGUCACAACUACUGCAGGACAACACACAAUACACACAACUACAGUCACAACUACUGCAGGACAACACAAAUACACAACUACAGUCACAACUACUGCAGGACAACACAAAUACACAACUACAGUCACAACUAAAUGCAGGACAACACAAAUACACAACUACAGUCACAACUACUGCAGGCACAAAUACACAACUAAGUCACAACUACAGUCACAACUACUGCAGGACACCACAAAUACACAACUACAGUCACAACUACUGCAGGACAACACAAAUACACAACUACAGUCACAACUACAGUCACAACUACUGCAGGACAACACAAAUACACAACUACAGUCACAACUACUGCAGGACACCACAAAUACACAACUACAGUCACAACUACAGUCACAACUACUGCAGGACAACACAAAUACACAACUACAGUCACAACUACUGCAGAACAACACAAAUACAUAUGCCUAAGCAUGGUUGGUUACAAAGGGCUUGUGCACUACCUCUAGUCAACUCCAAACAAUUCAGCUCUGCACAGCCCCAGAGAGUCCUACGGUGCCUCCAGAAAGGAUUCAUACCACUUCACUUAUUCCACAUCUUGUGUUACCGCCUGAAUUCAAAAUGGAUCAAAUGUUGUUGGUUUUCACACACAAUACCCCAUAAUGACAAAAAUAUCUCAUUUAUACUGAAUAUAAUUCAUACAAAAAUAUAAACGGAACAUGUAAAGUGUUGGUCCCAUGUUUCACGAGCUGAAAAUAAAAAAAAUCCCCUAAAAUACGCACAAAAUGUGUAUUUCUCUCAAAUGUGCACAAAUUAGUUUACAUCCCUGUUAGUGAGCAUUUCUCCUUUGCCAAGAUAAUCCAUCCACCUGACAGGUGUGGCAUAUCAAGAAGCUGAUUAAACAACAUGAUCAUUACACAGGUGCACCUUGUGCUGGGGACAAUAAAAGGCCACUCUAAAAUGUGUAGUUUUGUCACAUAACACAAUGCCACAGAUGUCUCAAGUUUUGCGGGAGCGUGCUGAGGAGGGGGGGGGGGAAACUCAUUCUGAUUGGCUGGGCCUGGCUCCCCAGUGGGUGGGCCUAUGCCCUCCCAGGCCCACCCAUGGCUGCAACCCUGCCCAGUCAUGUGAAAUCCAUAGAUGAGGGCAUAAUUUAUUUAUUUAAAUUAACUGAGUAAAAUAUUUGAAGUUGUUGCAUGUUGCGUUUAUAUUUUUGUUCAGUAUACUAAAGUAUUCACACCCCUGAGUCAAUACUUUGUAGAAGCACCUUUGGCAGUGAUUACAGCUGUGAGUCUUUCUGGGAAAGUCUCUAAGAGCUUUCCACACCUGGAUUGUGCAACAUUUGCCCAUUAUUCUUUUCAAAAUUCUUCAAGCUCUGUCAAAUUGGUUGUUGAUCAUUGCUAGGCAACCAUUUUCAGGUCUUGCCAUAGAUUUUCAAGCAGAUUUAAGUCAAAACUGUAAUUCGGCCUCUCAGGAACAUUCACUGUCUUCUUGGUAAGCAACUCCAGUGUAUAUUUGGCCUUGUGUUUUAGGUUAUUGUCCUGUUGAAAGGUGAAUUAAUCUCCCAGUGUCUGGUGGAAAGCAGACUGAACCAGGUUUUCCUAUAGGAUUUUGCCUGAGCUUAGCUCCAUUCCUUUUAUUUUUUAGCCUGAAAAACUCCCCAGUUCUUAUUGAUUCCAAGCAUACCCAUAACAUGAUGCAGCCACCACUAUGCUUGAAAAUAUGGAGAAUGGUACUCAGUAAUGUGUUGGAUUUGCCCCAAACAUAACACUUUGUAUUCAGGACAAGACGUUAAUUGCUUUGCCACAUUUUUUGCAGUAUUACUUUAGUGCCUUGUUGCAAACAGGAUGCAUGUUUUGGAAUAUUUGUAUUCUGUACAGGCUUCCUUCUUUUCACUCUGUCAUUUAGGUUAGUGUUGUGGAGUAACUACAAUGUUGUUGAUCCAUCCUCAAUUUCCUCCUUUCACAGCCAUUAAACUCUGUAACUGUUUUAAAGUCACCAUUGGCCUCAUGGUGAAAUCCCUGAGUGGUUUCCUUCCUCUCCGACAACUGAGUUAGGAAGGACGCCUGUAUCUUUGUAGUGACUGGGUGUAUUGAUACACCAUCCAAAGUGUAAUUAAUAACGUCACCAUGCUCAAAGGGAUAUUCAAUGUCUGCUUUUUUUAUUUUUACCCAUCUACCAAUAGGAGCCCUUCUUUGUGAGUCACUUGAAAACCUCCCUGGUCUUUGUGGUUGAAUCUGUGUUUAAAAUGCACUGCUCGACUGAGGGACCUUACAAUCAAACACUAUUAUUGCACACAGAGUGAAUCCAUGCAACUUAUUAUGUGACUUGUUAAGCACAUUUUUACUCCUGAACGUAUUUAGGCCAUAACAAAGGGGUUGGAUACUUAUUGAUUCAAGACAUUUUGGUGUUUCAUUUUUUAUAAAUGUGUAAAAAAAUCUAAAUGUAAUCCAUUUUAAAUUCAGGCUUUAACACAACAAAAUGUGGAAAAGGUCAAGGGGUGUGAAAACUUUCUGAAGACACUGUACGUGUAGAAUCAAAGCACUGUUUAUAUUGCUCUGCACAGCCCCAUCCAUCAUGGGUGUAGUUAGUGUGAAAUAAAAUGCUACCAUUGUUCUGUGUAGACUGAGGAGUAAUUCUACCAUUGUUCUGUGUAGACGGAGGAGUAAUGCUACCAUUGUUCUGUGUAGACUGAGGAGUAAUGCUACCAUUGUUCUGUGUAGACUGAGGAGUAAUGCUACCAUUGUUCUGUGUAGACGGAGGAGUAAUGCUACCAUUGUUCUGUGUAGACUGAGGAGUAAUGCUACCAUUGUUCUGUGUAACUGAGGAGUAAUGCUACCAUUGUUCUGUGUAGACGGAGGAGUAAUGCUACCAUUGUUCUGUGUAGACGGAGGAGUAAUGCUACCAUUGUUCUGUGUAGACGGAGGAGUAAUGCUACCAUUGUUCUGUGUAGACGAGGAGUAAUGCUACCAUUGUUCUGUGUAGACGGAGGAGUAAUGCUACCAUUGUUCUGUGUAGACUGAGGAGUAAUGCUACCAUUGUUCUGUGUAGACUGAGGAGUAAUGCUACCAUUGUUCUGUGUAGACUGAGGAGUAAUGCUACCAUUGUUCUGUGUAGACGGAGGAGUAAUGCUACCAUUGUUCUGUGUAGACUGAGGAGUAAUGCUACCAUUGUUCUGUGUAGACUGAGGAGUAAUGCUACCAUUGUUCUGUGUAGACGGAGGAGUAAUGCUACCAUUGUUCUGUGUAGACUGAGGAGUAAUGCUACCAUUGUUCUGUGUAGACGGAGGAGUAAUGCUACCAUUGUUCUGUGUAGACGGAGGAGUAAUGCUACCAUUGUUCUGUGUGGACGGAGGAGUAAUGCUACCAUUGUUCUGUGUAGACGGAGGAGUAAUGCUACCAUUGUUCUGUGUAGACGGAGGAGUAAUGCUACCAUUGUUCUGUGUAGACGGAGGAGUAAUGCUACCAUUGUUCUGUGUAGACUGAGGAGUAAUGCUACCAUUGUUCUGUGUAGACUGAGGAGUAAUGCUACCAUUGUUCUGUGUAGACGGAGGAGUAAUGCUACCAUUGUUCAGUGUAGACUGAGGAGUAAUGCUACCAUUGUUCUGUGUAGACUGAGGAGUAAUGCUACCAUUGUUCUGUGUAGACUGAGGAGUAAUGCUACCAUUGUUCUGUGUAGACGGGGAGUAAUGCUACCAUUGUUCUGUGUAGACGGAGGAGUAAUGCUACCAUUGUUCUGUGUAGACGGAGGAGUAAUGCUACCAUUGUUCUGUGUAGACUGAGGAGUAAUGCUACCAUUGUUCUGUGUAGACUGAGGAGUAAUGCUACCAUUGUUCUGUGUAGACUGAGGAGUAAUGCUACCAUUGUUCUGUGUAGACUGAGGAGUAAUGCUACCAUUGUUCUGUGUAGACUGAGGAGUAAUGCUACCAUUGUUCUGUGUAGACGGAGGAGUAAUGCUACCAUUGUUCUGUGUAGACUGAGGAGUAAUGCUACCAUUGUUCUGUGUAGACUGAGGAGUAAUGCUACCAUUGUUCUGUGUAGACUGAGGAGUAAUGCUACCAUUGUUCUGUGUAGACUGAGGAGUAAUGCUACCAUUGUUCUGUGUAGACUGAGGAGUAAUGCUACCAUUGUUCUGUGUAGACGGAGGAGUAAUGCUACCAUUGUUUGUGUAGACGGGGGAGUAAUGCUACCAUUGUUCUGUGUAGACUGAGGAGUAAUGCUACCAUUGUUCUGUGUAGACGGGGAGUAAUGCUACCAUUGUUCUGUGUAGACUGAGGAGUAAUGCUACCAUUGUUCUGUGUAGACGGGGGGGAGGAGUAAUGUACCAUUGUUCUGUGUAGACUGAGGAGUAAUGCUACCAUUGUUCUGUGUAGACGAGGAGUAAUGCUACCAUUGUUCUGUGUAGACUGAGGAGUAAUGCUACCAUUGUUCUGUGUAGACGGAGGAGUAAUGGCUACCCAUUGUUCUGUGUAGACGGAGGAGUAAUGCUACCAUUGUUCUGUGUAGACGGAGGAGUAAUGCUACCAUUGUUCUGUGUAGACUGAGUAAUGUAACCAUUUUGGUAGACGGAGGAGUAAUGCUACCAUUGUUCUGUGUAGACUGAGGAGUAAUGCUACCAUUGUUCUGUGUAGACUGAGGAGUAAUGCUACCAUUGUUCUGUGUAGACUGAGGAGUAAUGCUACCAUUGUUCUGUGUAGACGGAGGAGUAAUGCUACCAUUGUUCUGUGUAGACUGAGGAGUAAUGCUACCAUUGUUCUGUGUAGACUGGAGGAGUAAUGCUACCAUUGUUCUGUGUAGACUGGAGGAGUAUGCUACCCAUUGUUCUGUGUAGACUGAGGAGUAAUGCUACCAUUGUUCUGUGUAGACGGAGGAGUAAUGCUACCAUUGUUCUGUGUAGACGGAGGAGUUAAUGCUACCAUUGUUCUGUGUAGACUGGAGGAGUAAUGCUACCAUUGUUCUGUGUAGACUGGGGAGUAAUGCUACCAUUUGUCUGUGUAGACGGAGGAGUAAUGCUACCAUUGUUCUGUGUAGACGGAGGAGUAAUGCUACCAUUGUUCUGUGUAGACGGAGGAGUAAUGCUACCAUUGUUCUGUGUAGACUGAGGAGUAAUGCUACCAUUGUUCUGUGUAGACUGAGGAGUAAUGCUACCAUUGUUCUGUGUAGACUGAGGAGUAAUGCUACCAUUGUUCUGUGUAGACUGAGGAGUAAUGCUACCAUUGUUCUGUGUAGACUGAGGAGUAAUGCUACCAUUGUUCUGUGUAGACUGAGGAGUAAUGCUACCAUUGUUCUGUGUAGACUGAGGAGUAAUGCUACCAUUGUUCUGUGUAGACGGAGGAGUAAUGCUACCAUUGUUCUGUGUAGACGGAGGAGUAAUGCUACCAUUGUUCUGUGUAGACUGAGGAGUAAUGCUACCAUUGUUCUGUGUAGACUGAGGAGUAAUGCUACCAUUGUUCUGUGUAGACGGAGGAGUAAUGCUACCAUUGUUCUGUGUAGACUGAGGAGUAAUGCUACCAUUGUUCUGUGUAGACGGAGAUCCGUUGUGAUCCUGUAGAGCUUGUAGAGGUGAUUCAGGUCUGUCUAGGUCAUUAUCCAUGGCCCCCAGGAGGCUGGCGUAGUCUGGGUCCUCUCCCCCAGAACAGAGCCUUCUGUGGGGCAGAGACGACCCUGACCCAGGGCCCCCGUCCUGGAGGUCCAGGCGUCCUCCACCCUGCUGCCCCUUGGAGCUCCGCGCCUUCCGAUUGGUCAGCUGACAGGAAACCGGGGCGCCAUUGGCUAGCUGGGAGGAAGAGGAGGAGGAAGUGGAGGAGGCUUGUAUAGUUGAUCGACCGAAGCCCAUCCUGGCUCUCUGUCUAUCAAGGUCCAUGGAGGACCUGCUGUUCUGGCCCCCGGCCCGGGACACCCCACUACCAGACCCAUACAUCCCCCUGGUCGAUUUCUGGUGGGUGUCAGUGAAAUCAUUCAAGCUAAAGGACAAAGAAUAGUGGGGACAUCACAUUUUUAGAAGAUGUAACAGUUCUCUGAAAAAGAUACUACUCUCCACAAGAGGACCAUUAUAUACAUCCAUAUGGGUGGGCUAUCUUUGAUGCAAGACACUUUAAUGACAAACAAAUACAUCCAUAACAAAAGAGGUAGUCGGACUUACUUAGCAUCACUUGAAAUGAAUACUAUUUCCCUGAGGUGGAAGGGUCUGCCCGUCUCCAUGGCAGAGUCCAGAGACAGACUUCUCUUAAAGGGCUCCCAGAUCCCCUGGGCUUCCAGGUAGGCUUUAGCAAUCACCAGCAGGAACAGGGAGCUACAGAGGAGAGAGGAGAGCCAUGUUAACAUGGAGCUACAGAGGAGAGAGGAGAGCCAUGUUAACAGGGAGCUACAGAGGAGAGAGAAGAGCCAUGUUAACAGGGAGCUACAGAGGAGAGAGGAGAGCCAUGUUAACAUGGAGCUACAGAGGAGAGAGGAGAGCCAUGUUAACAGGGAGCUACAGAGGAGAGAGGAGAGCCAUGUUAACAGGGAGCUACAGAGGAGAGAGGAGAGCCAUGUUAACAGGGAGUUACAGAGGAGAGAGGAGAGCCAUGUUAACAGGGAGCUACAGAGGAGAGAGGAGAGCCAUGUUAACAGGGAGCUAUGGAGGAGGAGAGCCAUGUUAACAGGGAGCUACAGAGGAGAGAGGAGAGCCAUGUUAACAGGGAGCUACAGAGGAGAGAGGAGAGCCAUGUUAACAGGGAGCUACAGAGGAGAGAGGAGAGCCAUGUUAACAGGGAGCUACAGAGGAGAGAGGAGAGCCAUGUUAACAGGGAGCUACAGAGGAGAGAGGAGAGCCAUGUUAACAGGGAGCUACAGAGGAGAGAGGAGAGCCAUGUUAACAGGGAGCUAUGGAGGAGUAGAGCCAUGUUAACAGGGAGCUACAGAGGAGAGAGGAGAGCCAUGUUAACAGGGAGCUACAGAGGAGAGAGGAGAGCCAUGUUAACAGGGAGCUACAGAGGAGAGAGGAGAGCCAUGUUAACAGGGAGCUACAGAGGAGAGAGGAGAGCCAUGUUAACAGGGAGCUACAGAGGAGAGAGGAGAGCCAUGUUAACAGGGAGCUACAGAGGAGAGCCAUGUUAACAGGGAGCUACAGAGGAGAGAGGAGAGCCAUGUUAACAGGGAGCUACAGAGGAGAGCCAUGUUAACAGGGAGCUACAGAGGAGAGAGGAGAGCCAUGUUAACAGGGAGCUACAGAGGAGAGAGGAGAGCCAUGUUAACAGGGAGCUAUGGAGGAGAGAGGAGAGCCAUGUUAACAGGGAGCUACAGAGGAGAGAGGAGAGCCAUGUUAACAGGGAGCUACAGAGGAGAGAGGAGAGCCAUGUUAACAGGGAGCUACAGAGGAGAGAGGAGAGCCAUGUUAACAGGGAGCUACAGAGGAGAGAGGAGAGCCAUGUUAACAGGGAGCUACAGAGGAGAGAGGAGAGCCAUGUUAACAGGGAGCUACAGAGGACAGCCAUGUUAACAGGGAGCUACAGAGGAGAGAGGAGAGCCAUGUUAACAGGGAGCUACAGAGGAGAGAGGAGAGCCAUGUUAACAGGGAGCUACAGAGGAGAGAGAAGAGCCAUGUUAACAGGGAGCUACAGAGGAGAGAGGAGAGCCAUGUUAACAGGGAGCUACAGAGGAGAGAGGAGAGCCAUGUUAACAGGGAGCUAUGGAGGAGGAGAGCCAUGUUAACAGGGAGUUACAGAGGAGAGAGGAGAGCCAUGUUAACAGGGAGCUACAGAGGAGAGCCAUGUUAACAGGGAGCUACAGAGGAGAGAGGAGAGCCAUGUUAACAGGGAGCUACAGAGGAGAGAGGAGAGCCAUGUUAACAUGGAGCUACAGAGGAGAGAGGAGAGCCAUGUUAACAGGGAGCUACAGAGGAGAGAGGAGAGCCAUGUUAACAGGGAGCUACAGAGGAGAGCCAUGUUAACAGGGAGCUACAGAGGAGAGAGGAGAGCCAUGUUAACAGGGAGCUACAGAGGAGAGAGGAGAGCCAUGUUAACAGGGAGCUACAGAGGAGAGAGGAGAGCCAUGUUAACAUGGAGCUACAGAGGAGAGAGGAGAGCCAUGUUAACAGGGAGCUACAGAGGAGAGAGGAGAGCCAUGUUAACAUGGAGCUACAGAGGAGAGGAGAGCCAUGUUAACAUGGAGUUACAGAGGAGAGAGGAGAGCCAUGUUAACAGGGAGUUACAGAGGAGAGAGGAGAGCCAUGUUAACAGGGAGCUAUGGAGGAGAGAGGAGAGCCAUGUUAACAGGGAGCUACAGAGGAGAGAGGAGAGCCAUGUUAACAGGGAGCUACAGAGGAGAGAGGAGAGCCAUGUUAACAGGGAGCUACAGAGGAGAGAGGAGAGCCAUGUUAACAGGGAGCUACAGAGGAGAGAGGAGAACCAUGUUAACAUGGAGCUACAGAGGAGAGAGGAGAGCCAUGUUAACAGGGAGCUACAGAGGAGAGAGGAGAGCCAUGUUAACAUGGAGCUACAGAGGAGAGAGGAGAGCCAUGUUAACAGGGAGCUACAGAGGAGAGCCAUGUUAACAGGGAGCUACAGAGGAGAGAGGAGAGCCAUGUUAACAGGGAGCUACAGAGGAGAGAGGAGAGCCAUGUUAACAGGGAGCUACAGAGGAGAGCCAUGU